AUGACAGACGCUUGUUAGAUACAAUAUCAAACAAACGCUUGGAAAUGGAAUCAACUGAUUUGUCAGCUGAAAAGGAGCCAGAGGAGAAGCCAAUGCGCCUUUCCCUUCACAUGAUCUGUAAACGACAUCUGCCGCCUGAUGCACAGAAGUGGGACCAGGACAAAAUAAUUGAGGCAUUGAACAAGAUAACACAUGUGAGACUGGACAGAGAAAGGAUCCCGGAGAUAGACAGCCUGGAAUUACUGGGAAAGGCUUGUACCAACCUUUAUCUGCAGUCGAACCUGAUUGAGCGAAUAGAGAACCUGGAUUGCCUUGUAAAUCUGACGUUCAUCUCCCUAGCCAACAAUCGCAUCAGGCGGAUAGAGAACCUGCAAAGAUUACAGAAACUACUGUUCCUAGAUGUGUCUGAAAAUCAGAUAUCACAAGUGGAAAAAUGUGAUGUACCACCAAGUGUUAUCAUUCUUAACUUGAAAGGCAAUCCAUGCACAAGUUAUCCAAACUAUAGACAGAAGAUGAUUGCAGACUUUCCGCAGCUUCGUCAGCUGGACUUGUGUGAGUUAACAAAUGCGGACAAAAGAGAAGCAGGCCUAGAUGCUCCAAGUGACAGUGAUGAAGAUGAUGAUGAUGAUGAGGAAGAGGAGGAUGAGCAGGAAAGACCAGAGCCAGAUAAUGGCCAUUCUAAACAUGAAAGUUUCCCUGCGCUGACUGCUGGCAUUAUGCUGCGAUCUCAACGUCGCGCUGAGGAUUUACUGUGCGAACACAAACUACACACAUCACAACUAGAUGAGUUACGAAUAAGCUGGAAUGUGCCUCCGAGCGCACGAACUGCUCGAGCAUCAAUACCAGAUUAAAGACCCUUGCUGAAACUUGUUAUCUGUAUUUCUAUGUUAACUGUUGUAUAUAAUUACAUUUCAAUUUAUUGAAUAGACUGAUUAAAUUCAAUUCUUUUUUGAAUAAUGUACUUAACUCACCAUCUCAGAUAUAUCUUAGUAAAGAAAUUCAAGGGUUAUAACAACAUUGUAAUAUAUCCUUGUGUCAGUUGUUAUGUCAACUUAUUUUUGUUGAACAUUAAUGAAUA